GGAUGUUUUUUAUUCCAUAAUUAAAUUAAUCCAAAGAAAAAAAAAUCGAAAUUUUGAUAAUCAUGUCGUCUUCAAAUGUUGAAAAUUUAGCACCAAAUGUAUUGAGAAAAAUUUCAAAAGAAUUAGCCGAAUUAAUAAAAACACCACCUGAAGGUAUUAAAUUAAUACCGAAUGAAGAAGAUGUUUCCGAUAUACAGGCAAUUGUUGAAGGACCAGCUGGUACACCAUACCAAAACGGUUCAUUUCGUGUAAAACUUUUGCUUGGAAAAUCAUUUCCCGCACAACCACCAAAAGGUUAUUUUCAAACAAAAAUCUUUCAUCCAAACGUUUCGAGAAAUGGUGAAAUUUGUGUAAAUACAUUGAAAAAAGAUUGGAAUGAAAAUCUAGGCAUCAAACAUUUAUUAUUGGUUAUAAAAUGUUUACUUAUUGUACCGAAUCCAGAAUCAGCAUUGAAUGAAGAUGCAGCAAAAUUAUUAUUAGAAAAUUAUGAUGAAUAUUAUCGACGGGCAAAAAUGAUAACAGAAAUUCAUGCAAAACGUUCAAUACAACAACAACAAUGUUUUGAUAAUAGAAAUUGUAAUGAAAAUAAUGAUGACGAUGAUAAAAAUGUUCGAAAUGAUUAUGAAUCAACAACAAGCGGUGAUUCUUCAACACAAUCAUCAACUGCCAAUAAGACAAAAUCAUCAUCAUCAAAUAAUGAUCUAAUGCCAUUAACAAAAAGACCGGCUAAUAAUCUUAAUAUUAUCAAUACAACGAAUAUAACAAUUGAUCAACAACAAAUGAAGAAUCGUAAUUUACAGCAAUCAAAAUCAUCAUCAUCAGUAACGCAGAAUAAACAUAAACGAACAUUGAAAAGGCUGUGAAAAUCAUCAUCAUCAAAUUCACUGCAGAUUUUCAUUUAGGAUAUCAAACAAGCAAAACUAAGCAUUAAGCAUCUUCUGUCUUCAAUUUGCAACACUGAAUUCUUUUCUUCAAUAUAUCCACAACAACAACAAUAAUUUUUUCAUUCAUAAUCAAUU